UGCUUACAAAUUUUGGAAAAAUUCAAAUGAUAAAUCGGCACGUGAUUUAUUUUUUGCAAGUCUUGUACAUUUACCUGUAAUUCUUGCUUUAAUGAUGGCUCAUAAAAAGGAUCAAGGAAUCAUAAUAAACAAUGAGAUUUUAGAUGUUAAUGAAAAAGAAUUGGAAAAGGUUAUGCUAGAGUUAGAGUCAUAG